AUGAGCCUGGAGCUCCGAAUGAGCAGUCAUCCACUCAGUAGAAUCGCUAAAAGUGAGCUCGGAUUGACCCCAUAUCGUGUUCAAAAGACUGGAAUUCUGUCGGGAAACAACAAUCUGGAACGCGUCCAGAAGUGCAAAUCGACAUUUGCUGGCACGCGUCAAAAUGAACACAUGACGAUGAUGUUUGUCGACGAGAAACUCUUGACGGUGGAAGUCGAAUUCUCAUCCAAAAACUAUUGA